CUGCACUCAGACUGAGUGGCAUUGACGUCGAUCUCCUGCUACUCUCAGCUUUACCUCGUGCGCGGAAACCAUGUCCUCUCCAGCGGCUCUGGCUCCUGCUCCUCCCACCUUGACUUCCGCUGCGACAUCAAGCGCGCCAGCAACCCCUCCAAACUUUGAGGAAAGCUCGAAGCCACACGAACUCGAGGGACAGUCCGACACGACGAGCACUGACUCAGCUGGCGCCCGUCUUGUCUCUGUUUACGACAUAUUCCACCAGAAGGGUGGCAAAGCCGCGCACCUGCUGCCACUCGUCACGGCAAAUCGCGCGGCCAGUGAAGUGGCGCGCGAUGUGCUGUGGGAGAGGCAGUGGGAGCUGGCAAAUCUACUCAGGACGAUACCGCGCGUCGAGAGUGUCAUUAAGGAAGGGUACUACUGGGUGUAUGUCGGUCGAGGCAAAAGCUCACCGAGAGCCACCCCUAGAGUGGUCCUGCACCUGCCGGCGCCUGCGACCCUUACAGACGCUGAAUAUGCUAGGUUCCACGACUACGCGCGGCGUAUCAAGGUGUUUGAUGAUUUCUAUGACUACUCGGAAUGGAACCGGGCCAGAUACAUUAUCGACAGCUCUCUCUGGAACGCUGUGCUUGUACGUGGGCCACUACUGCCGAACGUCUAUGCGCUUGGCCAGAGAGGCGGUUUCAAAUUGGCCUUCGACGAUCGCUACCUCUGCACUGCUGUCACGGAUGGGACCGAGCCUGGAUCAGCGUCCUACCCUCCGUCUCCAGAGUUGAGCUUGAUGGAGUACAACCACUUCGACGAUCAUUGCAAGAGACUGGCCACAAUCGCACCGUUUGCGAACAUUCGCUACCUAUCGCUUGUACACGAGCAGGGCGAUCCUUUCGAGCAGAUCGUUCACUUACGCCAGCUUCCGAGCUUGGAAGAGUUGCAUCUCACCAACUUCGAGCAGUCCAAUCUGUCAAGCACCUCGCCAGCCCCCGCGGCAAUCCCAGGAUUCCAAGCUCUCCGUACGCUCGUAAUUGGGGACCAUAGGGGCAAGCUGAGUAUGCGCGACGCGCGCAUUGUCCUGCGUAGCAUGUCUUCCCAGCCUCUCCGUCUUCGUACUUUCUCGUAUCGCGACUUUGAGCAAUUUGGAGAGGGAGAACAACUGGGGGCUCGACGCUUGUAUCGCACGAUGCGCGAACGCGUGGACAACGACACCCUCACCACACUGUCCAUCUCGACCGGCAGCUACGGAAACAUCCGCGCCUCCCGCCUCUUCGCUGAUCUCUGCGCUUUCAAGAACGUGUCUCGCGCGGAGAUCUACUUCAACCACGAGCUCGCCGACGUGGACGACACUCUGGAUGUGCUCAGCGCCGCGUGGACGAAGCUUGAACAUCUUACAUUCGUGAAUCGAGGGGUUGAACGUCCAUUUGAAGAGGAAUUCCCGCAGAUGACCGGCCUGACUAUGGAAGGCUUGGUUCCGCUCGCGCGACGGUGUCCGCACCUGAAGACGCUCACCGUCCCAUACCUAGAUGGGGAGGUUCCGGAACCCGUCUUUGUACCGGAGCGUGAGGUGCUGCGCGACCGUCGGCUGAAGAUCGAGAUGCGGUAUGGAGGCGUGCCAGAUGAGAAGGAUGAUUUGAUACGCUUUCUGAACAGCGUGUUUCCCGCUCCGACGCUUCGCUUCAUAGGGAUGGACUAUGGGCACUCGGGAUCUGACGAGGCUGGGGAGUGGCGUGAGUUCUGGGACAUGAUGCAGAAGCGGGUGGCCAGGGGAUCGGAGGCGUAGUCGUAUUGCUUGCAUAGCAUCAUCGUAUGUAGACCUAUGUGACUCUGAGACUUGAAGUCGUCUUUGGGAGGACCGGACUUGAGAAAGGCGUAGUACGGC